UUAAUGUAAUUGUAAGACAAAUUGUUUAAAUUGAUUUUUCUAAAUUUAUUCUCCAUCAUUUCGCUAGCAUUCGCUAAUGCAUUGUUAAGCAUAUUAUUUCGUUGGUAUAACGCAAUGGAGAAUGGUGCUAAUUCCUUCACACGCGCGCGCGCGCGCGCGCGCGUGUGUGUGUGUGUGUGUGUGUGUGUGUGUAUGAUGCUGGUGAUUCAGAAGAAAUUUAGUGGACGAAUAUCUCCGAGUCGUUGUCUCGCAUGACGUGACCGGCCAGGCCAAAUACGUGUAUUCUCAAGCAAUAACAUCGCAAAUGUGUGUUAAUUCCCCAAGAAUACGCGUCGCCAACCUGACCUACGAAGAAGCGUCCGUCGUCUUCUUUCUUGAGGGUUCGAGUCGACAUCACCUCCUGGCAUGUAAAGAUGAUAAUUGACUGAUUGACACCGAUUGAAAGGCUAGUAAACUACAGCUGCUUUGGAACGAUCGGCGACCCAAAAGCUCAACCAUGUUGCGGUGUGUCGGCAAUCCCGCCAACCCCCUCGGGCAUGUGGCGCACACCCUCUAUUCUCGCCCGUCGUGCUGGUUCAAACAUCCCGAGAACGAUGUCGAGACCAAAGCAGGACCGAAACCAGAAGCGGAAACAGAGACGAGCACAAGAGCGAUAGAAUGCCGCACACGACGCGAGAGCCAGGGAGGGAGGGUGCAAGGUGGAAAGAGACGACAGCAUCGGGUGCAUCGUUCCGUGUUGAGUUUGCCUCUAUGGUCUGAAAUCGUUUCCUGCGGAAGAGCAAGCACUUCGUAUCCACCGCCGAACAUCACGAUUUCCUCCGCGAGCCAAUUCGCCGAACAUUCGUCGACUUCCGGGAUAUCCGUUCCGAUGAUCGGGAACGUACUUGAGAUUGAAAUUUUCGCUGCACGAUAAUAUAUUACGAAAGAUUGAGAUUCAGAAUGUCUCUUACUUUUUUCCUUAUAUUACAAAAAAUGCUUGAUAGUUUCUAUAUAUAUCAAUUAAAUGCACUGAAU